UUCACCUGCGCGUGUGCGCGCGCAGAUAAAACGCCCAGGUGUUUAGAGCAGCGCGAGCGGGCAUGUCGCUAUAGCUACCGCUCGCUAACGGUCAGCUCAGCUCAGCUCAGCUCCCAUGACGUGACCGGGCCGGGUCGCUUUCUCGGUGCCUGGAGAGUUUUUUAUUUUUAAGCACUCGCACGGUGUGGACUCCAUGAUGCUCUGCUGCACGUCACUCGGUCUCGCGCUUUUCACCGCGCUGCUCCUGUGCUCAGCGGGUCGCGCGCGCGGCUCUCAGGGCGAUAAGGAGCCCGUGUACCGGGACUGCGUGAAGCUGUGCGCGCGCACCAACUGCACCGGCGCCAAGCUGCGCGGCUUCCAGUCGGCUCAGCCGCCUUACAUGGCCAUCACAGGUUGGACGUGUCGAGAUGACUGUCGUUAUCAGUGUAUGUGGACCACAGUUGGACUUUACCAGGCAGAAGGCUAUCGAGUGCCUCAGUUCCAUGGCAAGUGGCCAUUUGUGCGCUUCCUGUGUUUUGAGGAGCCAGCGUCAGCUCUGGCGUCACUGCUCAAUGGUUUGGCGUGUUUACUGAUGCUGCUCCGCUACCGCAGUGCCGUCCCACGUCAGUGCCCCAUGUACCACACCGUCACCGCCUUCUCACUGGUGUCACUGAACGCCUGGUUCUGGUCCACAGUAUUUCACACCAGAGACACUUAUCUAACUGAGAAGAUGGACUAUUUUUGUGCAUCAGCGGUGAUCCUCUACUCCAUCUACUUGUGCUGCGUCAGGACACUGGGUUUGCGGCGGCCUGGCGUGUCCAGCAUUGUUGGAGUUUUGCUCAUCCUGGCCUUCACCUCCCACGUCUCCUAUCUCACCUUUGUUAGCUUCGACUAUGGCUACAAUAUGGCUGCCAACGCAUCCAUAGGCAUGGUGAACCUGCUGUGGUGGCUCGGAUGGUGCUGGCAGAACCGGACCACGUUGCUGUACUGGUGGAAGUGUGGCGUGGUGGUGGUGCUGCUACAUGGCCUGGCGCUGCUUGAGCUCCUCGACUUUCCACCGCUCUUCUGGGUGCUGGAUGCUCACGCCGCCUGGCACCUGGGCACUGUCCCUGUUCACUUCCUCUUCUACAGUUUCCUCAUAGACGAUAGCCUCCACCUCCUCAACACGGAGAAGGCUGGAGUCAAGCUGGAAUAGGAGGAGCCUGUCUCAGAGCCCCACCCCCUCUUAUCCCAUCCCUCUGGUCAGGAGGAAUCUGUGAAUUUCGAGUUUACGAAUUGAGUUUACACUUUUUACCACUCCGCUACUGAUGGCUGUGAAGAGAGAUUUCUUUUGGUUGCUUUCACGUGUGUUUUGAUUUAUUAUUAUGAUUUUUUUUUUCUUUUAUAUUUCUCACCAUGUUUUUGCCUUGAGUAGAAGAGCUUAGAUUUGGAUAUUUUGCUAAAAUUUAUUGACAUGGUUUGGCAAGUGUUACCCAGAAGAAUUUAUAUUUCGUACAGAAGUUUAAAAAUGGCGUAAAGCCGAGCGGUCAGGAGUGUUAAAUCUUUCCUUCAGCAUAAAUGACAUUUGACAUUUUUUUCAUUUGAAGGGCAUUCAAUUGUAUUAAAUUUUCAGUGUGAAGAUUAGUGUUAAACAAUACUUGCGCCUGCAUGCCACCAUCCACCAGAAGAGGGACAUGGUUUUGAAAUCCAUGCUAGUGUUUGUCUGCAUCCCAAACCACACACUAGCACACUAUAAAUAGUACGUCAGAAUACGUUUACCUUAACAAUCUGAUGUAUGGAAUCAAUUUUGUGCCAAAAU